CAGCCUAUGGCUAGGCGGCGGAAGUUGUGAUCGGGCCUGACACUAACACAUUUGGAAUGGCAAAUUCAAUGUAUUUCAUCGUGUUGUUUGCAACAACACUUCUUGAUCAAACGCUAGGAUUUGGUGCUACUCUGAACAGGAAUUUUGCAGUAUCAGGUGAAUCUUUAGAUAUAAUACUGAACAUUGGGACAAUAAAUACAGUAGUGACCUUGUCUAGACCAGAUGGAUCACCAGCUGGAACAUGUUUUGCACCAUCUGGAAGUUCAAGCGGAGGAUGCAGUACAGGCUUAACACAGGAUAUAGCAGGUGGAACAACUACAUACAGUAUAGCAUCUGUAGUACGAGCCACAGAUCAAGGUGUGUGGACAAGUUCACAUGGAAGUGACACUGGAAGUGUUAACAUUACAGUUCAUACCAUUCCCACGAUAACAGAAAGUAAUUCAUUACCUCCUUUGACCUUGCCAUCUGAUAGCAGUAAUACCCAAAGUUUGACCAUCACAGUGACGUGUGCAUAUCCAGCAGUUUCACUUGACUUGUUCUUUGUGCCGACUGGAGGGGGUAAUGAGGAGAAUGCCCCAUCGUCAACAUCAACAUGUACCUCUACUGGUAACACAGGGUGUUCUGACACAAAUGCCACCAGUUACACCUGUGACAUUACACCACAAUAUGAGGCAACUCUAUCAGCUGGUACAACAUACUAUAUCAAGGCAGCAGUUAAGUUAGACGGGUUGUCUAUUGGAGUAGACAUCACUAUCAAUGGGACAGAUAUAGAAGUGCAAGGAAAACGCCCCAAUCAAGAGGACGAAGUGCAAGAGGAACUCAUGGACAUUAAUUAA